AAAAUGAGGAUUAUUAUUUUGUCUUGGCACUUUCUCGGGGUGUUUUCCGCCCUUUGGUGGCUGGCGGCAGGGGCUUUCCCCAGCUCGGUGCAGAUAGGUGGGUUGUUCAUUAGGAAUACGGAUCAAGAGUAUACAGCGUUUCGAUUAGCCAUCUUCCUUCACAAUACCAGCCCUAAUGCUACGGAAGCUCCGUUUAACCUGGUCCCACAUGUCGACAACAUAGAGACCGCCAACAGCUUCGCCGUCACCAAUGCAUUCUGUUCUCAGUAUUCAAGGGGGGUCUUUGCCAUCUUCGGCCUUUACGACAAGCGCUCGGUCAACACGCUGACGUCGUUCUGUGGGGCCCUGCACAUCAGCCUCGUGACGCCCAGCUUCCCCACCGAAGGAGAGGCCCAGUUCACGCUGCAGCUCCGGCCGUCCAUCAGAGGAGCUUUGCUGUCACUGUUGGACCACUAUGACUGGAGCCGAUUCGUCUUCCUCUACGACACUGACAGAGGUUAUGCAAUACUGCAGGCAAUUAUGGAGAGAGCGGGGCAGAACGGAUGGCAGGUGAGUGCUAUCUGUGUGGAGAGCUUCAAUGAGGCAGCAUACCGCCGACUCUUAGAGGACCUGGACCGACGUCAGGAGAGAAAAUAUGUUAUUGACCUGGAGCCUGAGAGACUACAGAGCAUCCUGGAACAGGCUGUCAGUGUGGGGAAACAUGUAAAAGGAUACCAUUACAUCAUAGCAAACCUGGGAUUUAAGGACAUAUCUCUGGAGCGGUUCAUGCAUGGCGGGGCCAAUGUGACUGGUUUCCAGCUGGUGGACUUCAGCAGGCCUAUCGUUAUUAAACUCAUGCAGCGUUGGAACAAACUGGAUCAGAGAGAGUACCCUGGAUCUGAAAGCCCACCUAAGUAUACCUCAUCUCUAACCUAUGAUGGCGUCCUUGUGAUGGCCGAGGCCUUCCGCACCCUUCGGCGUCAGAAAAUUGAUAUCAGUCGCCGUGGCAACGCUGGUGACUGCCUGGCAAAUCCAGCUGCUCCGUGGAACCAAGGAAUAGAUAUGGAGCGUGCACUCAAACAGGUGCGUAUUCAGGGCCUGACUGGGAACAUUCAGUUUGAUCACUAUGGUCGGAGGGUCAACUAUACCAUGGACGUGUUUGAACUAAAGAGCAAUGGACCACGCAAGAUUGGCUACUGGAACGACAUAGACAAACUUGUGUUGGUCCAGAACGAAUAUGCUCUGUCCAAUGACAGCACAUCGAUGGAGAACCGCACAGUAGUCGUGACAACAAUCAUGGAGGGUCCCUAUGUGAUGCUGAAGAAGAACUGGGAACUCUAUGAAGGCAACGACCAGUUUGAGGGAUACUGUGUGGAUUUGGCCUCGGAGAUUGCCAAGCACAUUGGGAUCAAAUACAAGAUCUCCAUCGUACCGGAUGGGAAAUAUGGAGCCAGAGAUCCAGAGACGAAGAUAUGGAAUGGCAUGGUUGGCGAGCUUGUGUAUGGGAAAGCAGAAAUUGCCGUUGCCCCACUGACCAUUACUUUGGUGAGAGAAGAGGUGAUCGAUUUCUCGAAGCCCUUCAUGUCUCUGGGAAUCUCCAUCAUGAUCAAGAAACCCCAGAAGUCUAAACCAGGUGUUUUCUCUUUCCUGGACCCUCUGGCCUACGAGAUCUGGAUGUGCAUAGUGUUCGCUUACAUUGGAGUCAGUGUCGUGCUGUUUUUGGUGAGUCGCUUCAGUCCCUAUGAGUGGCAUGCAGAGGAACCAGAGGAGGGCACAACAGAGCUGGGCCCGACCGACCAACCCCCCAAUGAGUUUGGAAUCUUCAACUCCCUCUGGUUCUCACUGGGAGCUUUCAUGCAACAGGGCUGCGACAUCUCGCCACGGUCUUUGUCUGGACGGAUUGUUGGAGGUGUGUGGUGGUUCUUCACCCUUAUCAUUAUCUCCUCCUACACAGCCAACCUGGCUGCUUUCCUCACUGUGGAGAGGAUGGUCUCACCCAUAGAGAGCGCAGAGGACUUGGCCAAACAGACAGAGAUAGCCUACGGGACACUGGACUCAGGCUCUACGAAGGAGUUCUUCAGGAGGUCCAAAAUAGCCGUAUACGAGAAGAUGUGGUCAUACAUGAAGUCUGCCGAACCGACCGUCUUCACCAAAACCACAGCGGAGGGCGUGGCGAGGGUUCGAAAGUCCAAGGGGAAGUAUGCUUUCCUCCUGGAGUCCACCAUGAACGAAUACACGGAGCAGCGCAAGCCAUGUGACACCAUGAAAGUCGGGGGGAACCUGGACUCCAAAGGAUAUGGGAUUGCCACACCGAAAGGCUCACAGUUAAGAAAUGCGGUCAACCUGGCCGUGCUAAAGCUCAACGAGCAGGGCCUGUUGGACAAAUUGAAAAACAAGUGGUGGUAUGACAAAGGAGAAUGUGGCAGCGGGGGAGGGGAUUCCAAGGACAAGUCAUCCCAGGCUCUGAGCCUGUCCAACGUGGCAGGCGUCUUCUACAUCCUUGUGGGCGGCCUUGGCCUGGCUAUGCUGGUGGCCCUGGUCGAGUUCUGCUACAAGUCACGUGCCGAAGCCAAGCGCAUGAAGCUGACGUUUUCUGAAGCCAUGCGGAACAAGGCACGUUUGUCCAUCACAGGAAGUGUCGGGGAGAAUGGCCGUGUCCUGACGCCAGACUGCCCCAAAGCUGUGCAUGCUGGCCACGCCUCCUUCCGACACCCUGGCCUUGCAGUGGUCUCCUCUGGACUGCCCUGA